AUGGAGUCUCAAGCAUCGUCACCGACCGCCUCGAUAGUGGUGGGCAUGGCAGGCGCUGGAAAGACAACCUUUAUGCAGCGGCUCAAUGCGCAUCUACACGCAAAGAGUCAAAAGCCAUACAUCCUCAAUCUUGACCCAGCUGUACUCAAUCUGCCAUAUGCAGCGAAUAUCGACAUCAGAGAUACAAUCAACUACAAGCAGGUGAUGAAGCAAUACAACCUUGGCCCGAAUGGCGGCAUCUUGACCUCGCUCAAUCUCUUUACGACCAAGUUUGACCAGGUUCUGACCUUGCUUGACAGACGUGCUGCUGAGCAAAAAAUGUCGCAUGUCCUCAUUGACACACCGGGUCAGAUUGAAAUCUUCACUUGGUCAGCAUCAGGUGCCAUCAUUACGGAUGCGCUGGCCUCCAGCUUUCCAACUGUUCUGACCUACAUCAUCGACAGUCCACGGUCAAAGUCAUGCUCGACAUUCAUUAGUUCUAUGCUCUACGCAGUCAGUAUCCUGUACAAGACAAAGCUACCCAUGAUUGUCGUCUUCAACAAGACCGAUAUGCAUGCAUGCGACGAGCAGAUUGAAUGGAUGCGCGACUUUGAGACUUUCCAGCUUGCCUUGAAGCGCGAGGAAGAACGUGGCGAGACACAAGGCAGCGGCUACAUGAACUCACUCAUGAACAGCAUGUCGCUUGUGCUGGAAGAGUUCUACAAUCACCUGGAUGUUGUUGGCGUGAGCAGUCUGACUGGCGAGGGCUUUGACGCUUACGUGGAAGCCAUGGAGCGGAAACGAGAACAAUACGAGACGGUGUAUAAGCCAGAGCUCGAAGCACUACGGGCGAAGCGUGACUUGGAUGCAGAGGAGGAGAAGAAGGAGCAGCUAAGGAAGCUGAUGAAGGACAUGCAAAUGGACAAGGGCAAGCAAAGAGCAGCAUCCUCAGAAGCGCCUGCAGAGACAGUCAGCGAUGCAGAAGCAGAGGAUGACCAGGACGGCGAGCUGGUGGAGCCCGACGAGGACGAAAACUACGAGUCUGUCGAACACCGGCCAGGCGACCCCGUCGCAAAGAACGACUCUGCCAAACGCCGGGAGCAGGCCGGUGCGAGUCAGCUGGAGCAGCUUGCAGAGCUCAUGUCUGGGGUCGGCAGCCUGCGCGAGGCCCGUGGUCUGUAG